AUGGCCUGGGUCCCAGAGAAAAAGGCAGAGCCUAAUCCAAGAGAUUCUAGAGCCGGCCAGAACGGCUGGGGUAACAGGGGCGGAAGCGGCAGAAGCAGCUACAUGGAGAUCUGCGGCGCCCGAGAACCACCUCUGUGCUUUAAAUUAAAGAGCAACAUGAUUGGUGUGGUGAUUGGUCGUGGUGGAUCAAAGAUCAAAGACAUCCAGAGUACGACCAACACCAAAAUACAGAUUAUAAAAGGUGAUUCUGAAGGAGAGGUUAAAAUUUUUGGCACCAAAGAUAGGAAAGCAAAGGCCAAGGCAGCUAUAGAAAGUCUUGUUAAAAAACAAGAACGAAGCAGCACUUCAGAACCCAGUGUUGCUAAUGCUGGCCCCCAGCCCUCUGUGGGAGGAGAUUUUCACACAGGUGCCACCAGUAAACAAGUUCGGCCUAUGAUAGAUUGGGAUAAAGUCAAGAUGGGAGUCAUAGAAUGGAGGAAAAAAAAAUGGGCCGAUUUACCACCAAUUAAGAAAAAUUUUUACAUAGAAACUAAAGCAACAAGGUCAAUGAGCCAGGUUCAAGUAGCUAAGUGGAGAAAGGAAAAUUUUGACUUAAUGUGUGAUGACUUGAAAGAUGGUGAAAAGCGUAGCAUCCCCAAUCCCACCUGUAAAUUUGAAGAUGCUUUCCAACCCUUUCCUGAACUUGUGAAAGUCCUGAAGAGAGCUGGUUUUCAAAAGCCAACACCAAUUCAGUCACAGGCUUGGCCAAUUAUUUUACAGGGAAUAGAUCUUAUAGGAGUUGCCCAAACAGGAACAGGCAAAACUUUGUCCUAUUUAAUGCCUGGGUUUAUUCAUCUCAAUAAUCAAUCAGCAUCAAGAGAGGAAAGGAAUGGACCUGGCAUGCUGGUCCUUAUACCCACUAGAGAAUUAGCUCUUCAGGUGGAAGCUGAAUGUUCUAAGUAUUCAUACAAUGGUCUUAAAAGUGUUUGCAUAUAUGGUGGCAGAAACAGACAUCAGCAAAUACAAGACAUUACCAAAGGCAUAGAUAUCAUUAUUGCAACUCCUGGACGACUAAAUGAUCUGCAAAUGAAUAAGUUUGUCAACCUACGAAGCAUAACCUAUUUAGUCUUAGAUGAAGCAGAUAAAAUGCUAGAUCUCGGGUUUGAACACCAGAUAAUGAAGAUCUUAUUAGAUGUGCGCCCAGACCGCCAGACCGUUAUGACAAGUGCAACCUGGCCAGAUAGCAUUCGUCGACUUGCUCAAUCUUAUUUGAAAGAGCCUAUGAUUGUUUAUGUUGGCACUCUGAAUCUAGUUGCCGUAAAUACAGUGAAGCAAAACAUAAUUGUUACCAAAGAAGAAGAAAAACGAUCUCUUAUCCAAGAAUUCGUUAAGAAUCUGUCUCCACAAGACAAAGUCAUAAUCUUUGUCAGCAGAAAGCUUGUGGCCGAUGAUUUAUCCAGUGAUUUCAGCAUACAAGGUAUCGCUAUACAGUCACUGCAUGGUGACAGAGAACAAUAUGAUCGUGAACAAGCACUAGAGGACUUUAGAACAGGAAAGGUGAAAAUAUUGAUUGCUACCGAUUUAGCAUCCAGAGGCCUUGAUGUUAAUGAUGUCACACAUGUGUAUAAUUACGACUUCCCACGCAAUAUCCAAGAAUAUGUACACAGAGUGGGGCGUACUGGAAGAGCAGGGAAGACUGGCACAUCAAUUACUCUCAUGACUCAAAAUGACUCGAAGAUUGCCAACGAAGUGAUUGAAAUUCUGAACCGAGCAAAUCAGCAUGUCCCCGAAGAUCUUGUAACAAUGGCCGAGCAAUACAAGUUAUAUAAGCAAAAGAAGGACAUAGGAAAAAAAUCAAAAUCUCGUGACAAGCCCAAGAAGUUUUUCUGAUAUCUACAUUGAAAAGUUGUACUACACUACUUGAAGACUGAAGAUAUGUUAAAGAUCUGUAAUAUUCAAGAUACAUCAAGAAGUUUUAGAAACCUAUUAGCAGCUGGAGGACAUUUACCCAGUUCUUAAAUACAAGUUUUCAAUGGUGUCUAUGUUCCUUAAUAAAACCAAAAGUGUUUGAAAAAUGAAA